AUUCGAUUGUAAUCUUGUUCCUUGGAGUAUAAUAUUAAUGAGUGGUGAAUGUGAGGUCCAUCUGAUUUUGGAAUUAUUUGUGAGUGUGGUGGUCUAGGUGCUGGGAGAAUUUCUUUUUUCGGGGUGGGUCGUGGUGGCGGGCUUACUUUUUCAGCUUGAUAUUUCGUUUAAACUGCAAAUUCCAUCUGAUGAGCAUUCAACGAUGUUAGCGGAUGUUCACAUCUCCUCAAGCGCUUUCUUCAUAAACCGUACCCCUCUUCAUCGGUGGACUACAUCAGCAGGGUUGAUGAGUAUAUGUCAAUAUGUAUGGUUCACAAUGUUUUCAACCGUCUUCACGGCAACUACAUUAUGGUGA